GUGGCUCAAAGAGUAUUUACCAAUGCUGCAAGAGCGACAAAAAUGGUUUCGCCCUAAGAGAAAUGUUCAAGUUGGUGAUCUAGUAUUGAUUGUUCAAGAGAAUGUUUCACGCGGUCAAUGGCCCAAAGCUUUGAUUGAGGAAGUAUUUCCUGACAAGCGUGGACAAGUCCGUCAAGUAGUAGUAAGGACUGCUACAGCUCGUAUGCGACGAGAUGUUCGCAAAAUUUGUUUACUAGAGGGCGCACAUUAG